CUUAUUUGCAUCGACCUCGUGAAAAUUUGUUCUUUGUCUUAUAGUCGUCUUAUGCAAAGAGAGAGAUCAAAAUGGCGUUGACAGAUUACAUCCACCAAGUGCUCGACUACUGCUUGUCCACGGUCAAGUUGGUUCAGAACCGCCAAAUAGGCUGGCGUACGGUCAAUCGAAAGAAUGGACAACCGGGCCGGGAACAGCAGCCAAUAUUCAAGAAGCUGAAACUGCUGAUUUUGUUCAGCCGCUUUGUGGAAUGGGUUGACACGACCAAGGCCAUGCGACUAUGGAUACAUGAGAAGAGUAUCAAAGAAGGCCAAGAGGAAGGAACAACCACUUCCGCGUCUCGGAUCAAGCCGUUCGUGGACUUUUACAACAUCAACAUGGACGAUUUCGAGCCCUCCGACAUCUCCCAAUACAAGACGUUUGAAGAGUUCUUCGUGCGGAAACACAAGCCUGGUCGAAGGCCGAUUUUCGAGCAGGACGACCCGACCAAAGCGGUAGUUGUCGCAGAUUGCAGGCUCGUGGUGUACCCGACUGUAAAAGAAACCCAAGAGUUGUGGAUCAAAGGGCACAAUUUUACGAUUGCAAAUUUGAUCAGAGAUUCUGAACUGGCCAAGUUCUGGAGUGAUGGCGCUAUUGCAAGUUUCCGACUAAGUCCUCAAGACUAUCAUCGCUAUCACUCACCUGUCGCUGGGACGGUCAGUUGGUAUAAAAGAAUCCCUGGCGAGUACUACCAGGUCGACCCUUUGUGUUUGCAGAGCGAUGUGGAUAUCUUGACUGAGAACGCACGGUGCUGCGUGGUAUUCGACACGAAGGGGUUUGGCAAAGUGCUGUACGUGGCAAUUGGCGCAACAAAUGUCGGAACCGUGGAAAUCAAUGAGAAGUGCCAGAAGGAAGGGAGUCAUGUGGAGAAGGGCGAAGAGGUCGGUCUCUUUCAGUUUGGUGGUUCCAGCAUCAUUGUCGCCUUUGAGAAGGGUCGCAUCCAAUUUGACGAUGAUCUGCUUGAGGUUAGUCGCCAACAGAUCAUGAUGGAUGUAGAGGUAGGAAUGAGUCUGGGGAAGGCGACAAAGCCAGAGUGAAGAAUGGAGUGAUCCGGUUGACAGGCGAUGCUGGAUUGGACGUAGUUUUGGAGUCAGGUCAAGUCAGGUCAGGUAUUCCACAAUCCUUCUGCUCUGGUACUGUUGGAGCAACUUGUCACCCUACUGUGUUAAGGUGGUCAAUGGUCGUG